CUCGUGGAGGGCGGGGCCCGUGGGCUCGUCCAAUGGGAGGCGGCGUUGUUGGCGGCCACGGCGGCGCUAUCCCAGGAGCAGGCGAAGCCACGGCCGCCGCUACAGCCGCAGGAGGCGUGAGGAGAUAAAGACAUUCAGAUGGCAGAUAACAGCUUUUCAGAUGGGGCUCCUUCAGAUUCCUCGGAAGCUGCUAAAGAUGCCAGUGCUACAGAGAAGCUCACCGACCAGGUGAUGCAGAACCCCCAGGUGCUGGCAGCCUUGCAGGAGCGGCUCGACAGCGUCUCCCACACUCCUUCCAGCUACAUCGAGACUUUACCUAAAGCUGUGAAAAGAAGAAUCAACGCAUUGAAACAGCUUCAGGUGAAGUGUGCUCACAUAGAAGCCAAGUUCUACGAGGAGGUCCAUGACCUGGAGAGGAAGUACGCGGCACUCUACCAGCCUCUCUUCGACAAGAGAAGGGAGUUUGUCACUGGUGACGUGGAGCCGACAGAUGCGGAGUCGGAGUGGCACAGCGAGAACGAAGAGGAGGACAAACUGGCUGGAGACAUGAAAAGCAAAGUGGUCAUCGCGGAGAAAGAAGCCGAGGCGGCGGAGGAGCCGGCCCCCAAAGGGAUUCCCGAGUUCUGGUUCACCAUCUUCAGAAACGUGGACAUGCUGAGCGAGCUGGUCCAGGAAUACGAUGAGCCAAUCUUGAAACACCUGCAGGAUAUUAAAGUGAAGUUUUCAGACCCCGGACAGCCUAUGUCUUUUGUGCUAGAGUUCCACUUUGAGCCCAACGACUACUUCACCAACUCGGUGCUGACCAAGACCUACAAGAUGAAGUCCGAGCCGGACAAGGCUGACCCCUUCUCCUUCGAAGGCCCCGAGAUAGUCGACUGUGACGGGUGCACCAUCGACUGGAAGAAAGGGAAAAACGUCACCGUCAAAACCAUCAAGAAAAAGCAGAAACACAAGGGUCGAGGCACCGUCAGAACCAUCACCAAGCAAGUCCCCAAUGAUUCCUUUUUCAACUUCUUCAGCCCGCUGAAAGCAUCCGGGGACGGAGAAUCGCUGCUUCCCUCUCAGGAUGAAGAUUCCGAGUUCACGCUAGCCUCUGACUUUGAGAUUGGACACUUCUUCCGUGAGCGGAUAGUGCCGAGGGCCGUGCUGUACUUCACAGGGGAGGCCAUAGAGGAUGACGACAAUUUUGAAGAAGGUGAGGAAGGAGAAGAGGAGGAGCUGGAAGGAGACGAGGAGGCGGAGGAAGAGGACGAUGCUGACGCCAGCCUCAAGAAGGAGCCCAGCCAGCCCUCGGAGUGCAAGCAGCAGUGAGCAGCGACCUGUCGGCACGCCCACACCGGCCUUCUUCACGUGCAUGGUUUUCGCUUCGUUUUCCUCUUUCCUUAUUAUUUUGCUUAACCUGUACAGCGGCCACUUACACGCGUUUCAGAAGUAGGAGGUUGAAUCUAAUCCCGCACCCUCCGCAGCCUUGGGUGCAGCUCAGUAGACUUCCCCAGGCCCACCUUUGGGGGGGCCCGUAGACCCCGUGGGGUGGGAAGGUCCCCGAGCCCAGGACAGAAGUCCGGGAGCCUCUGCUCCCAUCUCGUUUGAAGACACCACACGCUCUGUCCGGCCCAGGUCCUGUCUGGCCUCGCGGGCCGCAGAGCCGUCCGUGCUGCCGGCUCUUCCUGGGUUUCCUUUCCUGGGUGGGGUGGGGUCCGGCGCCCACAGUGCUGAGGCGUUGGCCUGUGUGGUGUGUCCCCAUAUUUAUUUGUUCCUCGUGCUGUGAGCCUCGGUGGUGCUGGCGCCUGUCUUCAGGUUUCUGAGACCAUGUUUGUGAUGGAGACCUGGGGAGGGCGGGGAGGAGGCCUGAGGGGGGAAGCCCGCCCUCCGCCACGCCAGCUGGGCGAGCCGUCUCCCGGACACGGGCUCCUUGGCCGGCCGUGCCGUGCGCCCGUCUUCUGUGGGAGGGCUGGGCGGGCACGGGUCCUCGUGUGUGCGUGUCGCGUCUCCUCAGCCCGUUUCUCAGCCCCACGUCCAUCGUGUCUUAAAGCCCUGGGUUCAGAGCGACCUGCUCUCGGCUGGCGUGUGGGCUCCGAGCGUGUGACCUCGUUCCCUGGUCCCUGCAGCCAGCGACUCGGGGCCACAGGGAAAGUGCUCAGCCUUAUUACUUAGAUACAUUUGUAACUGAAGAUGCUGUUUUCAAUUUGUACAGACAGUUAGAGUAUCUAUUAAAGUGGUGAAACCUG